ACUCGGAGGCUUCCGUAGAGAGAGAGGGGGCAAGAUGGCGGUGGCAGCGCUGGGUCACUUAGGUGCGUUAUGGAUGCAAAGCCUGAGGAGCCGGGGGAAGCUGGUCUUGGGGCUUCUUUCAUCUCAUAGUGUUUUACCCCAAUCAUAUGUCCACACAAGUGCUUCUCUUGACAUUUCUCGAAAAUGGGAGAAGAAGAAUAGAAUUGUUUAUCCUCCACAACUGCCUGGAGAACCUCGGAGACCAGCAGAAAUCUACCACUGUCGAAGACAGAUAAAAUACAGCAAAGACAAGAUGUGGUAUUUGGCAAAAUUGAUACGAGGAAUGUCCAUUAACCAAGCUUUGGCUCAGUUGGAAUUCAGUGACAAAAAAGGGGCUCAAAUAAUUAAGGAGAUUCUCUUAGAAGCACAAGAUAUGGCAGUGAGAGACCACAAUGUGGAAUUCAGAUCCAAUUUAUAUAUAGCUGAGUCCACCUCAGGGCGGGGCCAGUGCCUGAAACGCAUCCGCUACCACGGCAGAGGUCGCUUUGGGAUCAUGGAGAAGGUUUAUUGCCAUUAUUUUGUGAAGUUGGUGGAAGGACCCCCUCCUCCACCUGAGGCACCAAAGACGGCAGUCACCCACGCCCAAGAGUAUAUUCAGGAGCUUCGCAACCGGACCAUCAUUCAUACUCUAUGAUGGGAGAAUUCAAACUCCACAGUGUAUAUAUUUUGCCAUUUCUUUUCUAAAACAAACAAAUAUUAAAGACAGAUGUAUUUUA